GCCAAAUACAAACGGAGGUUGGAAUCCGACUUUGUGGGGGGUGAAGCGGAUUGGACUUGGGAAGGGUAUUCAUGACAACUCAUCAGCGAUUAAGCCGGGCUGAUUUCCGGCGCCCUGCUAAUGCCCCUGAGCAAGUACGGGUUUGUGUACGACUGCGCCCAGGCGUGGGAACUGGACAAGGUCAGAAUUCUCCAUGUGUACGAGGUGUGGAUUCCCACUCCCUGGAAAUUCUCAACUGGAGGAAUGAGUUGGAGACUAUGAAAUACAAGUUUGAUGCGUUUUAUGGUGAGGCAGCCACCCAACAUGAUGUCUACAUGGGGUCAGUUCAGCCUAUCUUACACCAUCUGCUGGAGGGGCAGAAUGCCAGCAUAUUGGCUUAUGGACCAACUGGAGCAGGCAAGACGCACACCAUGUUGGGAAGUCCAGAUCAGCCAGGAGUGAUCCCUCGAGCUGUUCGAGAUGUCCUGAAAAUGACACGGGAUGCUACAGGAGAUAAAUGCAAAUACUCAGUCUCUAUGUCCUAUCUGGAAAUCUAUCAAGAAAAGGUUUUGGACCUUCUUCAGCCCUCCCCCCGAGACUUGCCUAUCCGGGAGGAUCGUAACCACAACAUCCUGGUGCCAGGCUUGACACAGAAAGAGAUCACUGACUUUGCAGACUUUGAAAGCCAUUUUCUGCCUGCGAGCAGCAACCGAACUGUGGCAUCAACUCAGCUGAACCAGCGCUCAAGCCGUAGUCAUGCUGUAUUGCUGGUUCGGGUGAACCAGAUCCAGGGCUGGCCAACAUAUGCUUCCCAGGCUGCAAAGCUGUGCCUGAUCGACUUAGCUGGCUCAGAGGACAAUAGACGAACAGGCAACAAAGGCCUACGCCUGAAAGAGAGUGGAGCCAUCAACAACUCCCUCUUUGUACUCAGCAAGGUGGUGGAUGCCCUUAAUCAGGGUUUGCCUCGAGUUCCCUACAGAGACAGCAAGCUGACCCGUCUGCUACAGGACUCUCUGGGAGGUAGUGCCCACAGCUUGAUUAUUGCAAACAUUGCUCCAGAGAAGAAGUACUACUUUGACACUCUCACCAGCCUCAACUUUGCUGCAAAGUCUAAGCAAGUUGUGAAUAAACCCUUCACCCAGAAAGCCCUGCCAGAAACUGGUAGUAUGAGACCAGCAAAGCCUGAGGAAACUGAAACUCUAAGCAACCAAUCAGGAGCAGGAAGGCUUCCUUCUCUCUCAGAUGGCAAGAGGCCUUGUCUAGGCUUCACUGAUGCAGGCCCUGAGGCCAAGAGAACUUGCCUACAAGAAGAGAAGCCACUCAGUUCUUUGCUGCCUCUGGAGAACCUUGAGCCCGCUUUGGCUGAACGACUGCUACGAUUAGAGGCUUUAGAGAAAGAGCAGGCUGGGAGCCAUGCGUUGCCUCUCCUUAACACACCACGCAGGGAGCGCUUGAAUGUUCUGAAACUACUGGAUGAGACACGCCGUGAGCUAAAGAGCGUUAAGGAAAAGCAGCUAGAGAUGGAAGCCCAGGCUCUGAAGCGGAAAGACUCUGUACUUUUCCCCCGAGCUGCAAAACCCCGAAAACAGGCCACAGUACUGCCCCUCCAGCAAGUGCAGACACCUGUCAAGAGUGAGGAAGAGGAGGAAGGUGUUGUUAUCCUGAAACAGAAGAGAGGCCGAAAGAGGAAGACUUCAGCCUUUGACUCUGAAAACAAGGCUCCCCCCGAGUGGGAGGUGGAGGUCCGUCCAGAUCUACUGGCGCGUAGCAAGACUAAUAUCCUGUCCCUCCUGAACUCAGGUUCUGUGAAGGAUCUUAUGGCCCUACAUCGCAUUGGCAAGAAAAAGGCGCAGCUCAUCGUGAGCUGGAGAGACCUUUAUGGGUCUUUUGAGAAGGUACAGGACCUUGAGAAAAUUCAUGGUAUUACAGCUAAGCAAAUAGACUCUUUUAUGAAGGCAAAUAUCUUCAACUUUCUUGGAAACCUUCAGUAACUGGACUGGCACUGUGAAACUGCUUUCCCUGUACCAGGCUUUUUUUUUUUUUAUUAACAUUGCUUGUACAGUAUGUUCAUUUUUAUUUAACUAAUACAGGUAUUUAGCUAUAUUACAUGUGUAAAUUUCAGCACAAUAUUUUUAAUUUGCUCAUUGCUCACAUUUGGCUAAUCUUCACUGGAAACAGUCCAGAAUUCACAACUAUCAAAACAUCGACAUUCUACAUAAAGAAGAGGGGAGUAACUUCAGUGGAGGAAUAAGGAAAAACGAUGGAUUUUAAGUUUUAGACAAUGCUUUUUCAGACUAUUUCCUCUCUUUUCAGUUUCCUUGUCCUUUGUCAAAAAUUCUGAUCUUAAGCUAGUUAUGAGUAUUAUUCCAAAGGUUUGUGUACAUUUUCCAUCCUAUAUUAAAAAUUUGGGUGCAACCAACCUACAACAAUGUUUAUUUUGUAUUGAAAAAAGCACUGGCCCAACUAACCAAGCUUUGUAGAUGGAAAAUUUGGAAUAUGUCCCCUCAUUGCUAAUGGUCAAGGAUAACAGUUGCUCAUGGGUUCCUUAGUUUUAUUCUAGAGCACAGUUGCUACUCUGCUAGGGGUUGUAUGCUUUGGAUUCACACAAAUCAGUACAAAUUUUCUUCAAACUAUUUGACUACGAACUCCCACAAAACCAAUUCUUUCUAAAUACUAAUACAUUCUUGACUCAAAUGAUACUUCCUGUUUAAGCUCUGCAGAGCAAACAAUCUUGAAAAACCAAGUGAGGUUUUAUUAAAACUGCUCUGAAAGAAACUUGGCAAAGGAAAUAUGGGUAAUAUAUGAAAACAGGGGCAAAACAAUUGUAUUCUCACCUGAGAAGGGAAAUAUUUGGCAUCUUAAA